AUGUCCCGAGAGUGCCCGAACAACAACAAGGGUGGAACGAGGAACGGGCAGGGACAGAGACCACCGCAGCAACCACAACCGAUCCGGCAAGUCGCCCCACAACCAGCAAGGGCGUAUGCACUGAAAGGGAAUCCAAUGCAGGAGCAACAGGCCAAUAAGGGCAAAGAUAACUUGGCAGUGUCAUGUGUGAAUGCCCUAGAACUUCCUACUGUUAAGCUUGAACCGAUUUUGAACGUGUCUUCACCUGUUGGAGGUCUGAUUGACAUUGCACGAACUUGCUCGAACGUAGAGUUUGUGUUAGGAGAAUUAGGAGUAGUAGCUCGACUUUUGCAGGUUAUGCCGUUGGAGAACGUAGACAUAAUUUUGGGAAUGGAUUGGCUGACCGAGAACCACGUAACGAUUCACUGUAAGGAGAGGCAGAUUUCUUUUUGA